AUGCCUGUGCUUCCGGAGUUCAUCCCACUAGGGAAGCAAAAGGAGAUGUUCGCCGUCUCCUCAUGGCGUGACUCCCCGCAAGCAUCAACACCUGCGCUUUCAAACGUGGCAAAUCAGCCAAUGAGUCCCGCUCUACUGCCAGCUGCUCAGUGCGAAAAGGAUGUUGGACAACAGGGAAAGGGCCAACGUACACGAAAAUCAAAAGGAAGGGGAAAGAACCAAUCUUCACAGCGGCAACCUGACGUGGAAGAUUUCUUCGUCAACUUCGUUCUUCCACCUGGGAUAUCUUUUGCCAAUAUCAAGGAGGAACUGCAACUCUUUGCAACAACACCGCUGCACAUAUAUGAUGUUGGACCACCGCACACACUUUUGGUUAAGAAGAGCACAGGUGCAGUUGGUAAUGCCGACGCGGAUGUCAGCGCCGCAUCCCAACAAGCCGAUGGCACCGCCCCCCUCAUCGACAAGGGCGUAUCCAAGUGCGCUGCACAUGAACAAUCACCGAUCCGAACACCAAACAUCAUGUGUGGUGUCACUGCAGACUGUAGCGGCGAGGUUGCGGGUGCAGCGAUGCCUGGUAUAUCCCUUCCUCCAUCCAUCCCUGCAGAAACACUCUCAAAGGGUUAUCUGAUUUCACUUCUGUUCGCUGAAAGUAGCGAAGCAGAGAAGGUGAGCGAGUUACUCAAAAAGAAAUGGCCGCAGUCCACAGUGACAAUAGUUCCGCGUAACCGCUCGAUGCUGAAUGCAUCAUUGGUUCUUAAGGGCCUCCCAAACCUUCCGAAAACGGAGGUUAUUAUUGAGGAACUUGAUAAAAUCAUUCCACAUAAGCCGUCAUAUAUUCGCCUCCAUCGUGGUGAGCGUGGGGUCUUCAAGAAUGUGGUAUUUAUCAAGUACCCAAAUCGAGAAAUCGCUGAAGAGUGCAAGCUGCGGCUUGAGCGCCUCUACAUCGGAUCGCGCCCGCUGAAGGUGGAAUUUAAAAAGAAAGAAAAACCCGCUGCAGAAAAGGAUGAGGGUAUGACCUUACAGCAACUUGUUCGUGACCUACGCGUGAGCUCAGAGCAUGAGGGUUUCAGAUAUCAGCGCAGUGAUCUCAGCAAAGAAGACCUCAAAGUGCUCAAGCAACUCUGCAACUCUUAUGGCCUUUCUUUCGAUCUUGACGACCGCACCGUAACGGUGCGCCGUAUUCUCCCAUUGAGCGGGCGUCCCUCCCCAGCAAUGCGUCCCGCUGCUGCCAAUGGCUGUGCCUCCCACACGUUGACUGCAACAAUGCCAACACCGGGAACACUGCAGCCGAUGGAUUUUCGGGGUAUUCGCCAUUGGCGGGAACUGAACAGCCAACAAGUUUCACUGGGCAUUGCACGACCGAAGGAGCCUGGUUCGGUACAACCUUUCGCUCCGGGUCGUGGUCGCCCCUUGUGA